AUGCCUGACUCGGACUUGAACCGCUUUCAUCCCUCCACCCCAAUGCUCCCUCUACCAGGUUCCCCCUCCUUCUCCUGGGCCACCUUCCGCGGACGGUUUCAAGCUCUCUUCAACGGUGCGGAUCCACGAAUAUGCGCCGCCUUCUGGCUUUUCGGUCUAAUAAACAAUGUCCUCUACGUAAUAAUCCUCUCCGCAGCCCUCGACCUAGUCGGCCCCUCAAUCCCCAAAUCCGUCGUGCUCCUUGCCGACGUCGUCCCCUCCUUCAUCAUAAAGCUAUGUGCUCCCUACUUCAUCCACGCAAUCCCUUACCCAAUCCGCAUCCUGAUAUUUGUCACCCUAUCAGCAUCCGGCAUGCUCCUUAUUGCCCUCUCGCCAUCCUACAUACCAACCUCCACCCCCGCCAAACACGUCUCAGCCUCCUACUUCACCUCCGUCUUCAGUCCCGCAAACCCCAUCUCAACCAAAAUGCUCGGCGUAAUACUCGCCAGCCUGUCCAGCGGUGGCGGCGAGCUAAGCUUCCUGGGCCUAACGCACUAUUACGGGCCUUUCGGUCUUGCGGCGUGGGGGAGCGGGACGGGUGCAGCGGGCCUUAUUGGGGCGGGAGCGUACGCGCUGGCGACGACGACGUUUGGGUUUAGUGUGAAGGUUACGUUGUUGUUUUCGGCGGGGUUGCCGUUGGUGAUGCUUGUGAGCUUUUUUAUGGUGUUGCCGUUGGCGCCGUUGAAAUCUGCGGUUAAGAAGAGUGGGGGAUAUAGGGCUGUUGAUGAGGACGAGGGGGAGGGCGAUGUGGAUAGUGUUUUGGGGAGGGGGCACAGGAGCAGGGGGAUGGAUGAUGGGCAUGUGGGUGGUGUGAGUGUGAGUGAGAGGGAAGGGCUUAUGGGGAGGGAUUUAGAAGUUGUAAGGGAGGAUGAGGGUAAAAUUGUUAAUGGGGGAGGGGGGGAUAUAUCUUGGAUGCAGUUCAAGGCAAAUUUGAAGAGGGCGAAGGGGCUAUUCUUUCCAUUCAUGCUCCCCCUCCUCCUCGUCUACAUAGCCGAAUACACCAUAAACCAAGGCGUUUCCCCAACCCUUCUCUUCCCACUCUCCUCAACACCCUUCAGCCACUUCCGGGCCUUCUACCCAGCCUACAACGCCAUAUAUCAAACGGGCGUCUUCAUCUCCCGCUCCUCAACCCCCUUCUUCCGCAUCCACGACCUCUACCUCCCCUCCUUCCUGCAAGUGAUCAACCUAGUCAUCCUCGUAGCGCAUGCGCUCUUCAACUUCCUGCCCAAUGUGUAUGUGGUAUUUUUGAUCGUGUUUUGGGAAGGGUUGUUGGGUGGCCUUGUGUACGUGAAUACGUUUGCGGAGAUCACGGAGAAGGUUCCGAAGGAGGAGAGGGAGUUUUCGCUGGGGGCGACGACGGUGAGUGAUUCGGGGGGGGUUUGUGUGGCGGGGUUUUUGGGGAUGGUUGUUGAGGUUUGGCUGUGUGAUUGGCAGGUGAGGAGGGGUAGGGGUUAUUGCAGGCAGUUAUAG